AUGGCGAAAGUCGUUUCAACAAAUAUCAUGCCAUCCAUAGUCGAUCAACGUCAACAUCGUAUCAAGAGGAUCUCUAUAGGAUUAGGCAUUUUUCUGUUUAUCUUAUCAUUGGCAUUUCCUGUGUAUAUCAUCAAAAUAUAUUUUCAAAAUGCAAUUGUUAAAAACAAUAUCCCAAGUACCAUUCGUGUUUCCAAUCCAACUCUGCAGCAAUAUUUUUUAUUAUAUUCGGAUUAUUCAGAAACAUUGACAUGCCCAUGUACCCAACCAUCGAUGAAUUAUGGUAAAAUUCUUGAAAUUGAUUACAUAUUACAUCCGGUCUGUAGUAGUAUUUUUGUAUCUGAAGAAUGGAUACUUUCGUUUUCUGACAAUAAUAGUCCACUGUUUUUUGAUGAUUUUCGGAUGACAGCUUCAUAUGCAUUUCAAACUUUACAAACAUUAUGUAUGCUGAGUCAACAGACUAUCGAAAACAAUUUAAUGAAAUUUUACUCUGAAGAAUAUAUUAAUCUAAAUAUCCUUCCACCAGUAAUGUUUCAACCAAAUAUCGAGUUACGAGUUAGUAAAUUUAUGGAAUUUUCCAAAAAUGAUUUUUUAUUAUCUUUCACAAUGAUUCGUAAAAUCAUUCAAGCCAAUGGUUUGUUAUCUGGUUUACAAACAAAUUAUCAAUUUAUGGCACAAAAUACUGAAGUACACACAAUCUCAAAUAUUUACAAUGGAUGUUCCUGUUCGGUUUCACCAACCUGUAUUACUCAGUCUAUGAUUUAUGACGUAUCAUCUUAUACCAGUUUGUUCAGUAUACCAGGAUUUUACACAGGUUGUUAUGUUGUUGAAUCAUUACUUCAAUCUAAUCUUCAAUGUUUUUUCAAUCAGACGUGUCUCGAUCAGUUACUUAGUUAUAUAUCAACGCCAAUGACUGUUCAAGCACUUAAUGAAUCACUCCUGUUUGAAGAUUUCAUCAAUUCAGCUAUCAGAAACCUUACUGAAAAUUUGAUGGUCGAACUGAUCAAUCUAUCAAUAAAUUACGAGAAUUAUUAUGAAAAAUGUCAACCGAUAUUCUGCAGUUAUGUAAUUGAAACACCGUCGACAACUGAAACAAGAAAUUAUACUAUCUAUAUAAUUGGUUUAGUUAUCGGUAUUAUUGGUGGUGUUAUAUCUAUUUUACAUUUGAUUAUACCAACGUUAGUGACACUCAUCGUUCGCAAUAAUUAA